CAUGACUGCCAUUCAGUUCAAAUAACUGUUGUGUUUAUCACCCUGCUGCUGUUAAUGUCACAGUGAAUGUGGCAAAGCGUUUCUUCAGGUAACUGAAACCGGUGGUCUCGCGGUUUUGUUCCGUGAUGCUUUAAGAGAUUAAUUAUAGCAUCAUCAGAGCGCUGCUCACAUUGUGCGACAUGCUGGUGAAGAUGCACGCUGCCAGGUGGACUUUCCUUUUCACCCUGUGUUUCACAUGUGUGUCUCCAAAUGAAUCUUGUGGGGAUUUGGAAUAUUGUGAAAAGAUCAGCCUGAGAGCUUCACUUGGCUCAUCCCUCUUCCUACCAUGCUCUAUUAAAACAAGCAAUCCCAAAUGGGUGAUUUGGAGCCACACUGCCAAAGAGAAGGCAGAUUUGGUCAAACUUACACCUGAAGGCCACAUUACGUUCCUGGACCCCAGAAACGGCCGAGUGAAAGUUUUUCCAAUCCAGGCCUCAGACGGGAACUUCUCCAUCAGAAUUGAAGAGCUUGAAAAAGCUGAUCUGGGAUGUUACAACUGUGGAUGGACCUGUCUUCAAGUGGUGGAUGGCAGAAGUGCAAGCAGAGAUCUGUGGCCAGUCAUUUACAUCUGUGCUGGUGUGGCUGCUCUCCUUCUGCUGAGUAUAAUCAGCUACUGCAGCUACUGGAAAUACAUAGGUUCCUGUAAUAACAAAACACAGGACAGUGCAGACAUUCCCACCAGUGCAGAUCCCAGUGCUCCACCUCUGCCAACAGUCAACGUACCAGUAGGCGUACAUGUGCAUGUACAGCAGGCAGCAGGAGCCUACAAUAAUAAUCUUGUCUAUGAAAAUGAUGACCAGCGCCCAGCAAGUGCUGAACCCAGCAGAAACCGCCGUGAUCCACCCGGAGUUGUGCGGUAUCUAGAUGGGACUCAGCUUCAGCAGCCCAGUCAAAGCAGCAGCGGGAUUUAUCCGAACUUGGAUCAGUUUCACUUUGAAAGGGCGGAAAGUCAGAGAACCAGACAGAGGUUUCCUUUAGAGCUUUUCAGCAGAUUACGGCAAGCAAGUUUCAGCCGGCAUUAUUACGUUAACCAACACGAUCUCCGCAAGCAACAAGCCAUGUCAAAGCAGGCGGAGAAUCAGCACAGAGCAGGCCGUGGGAAAAAGAAAGCCAAAGACAACUGUGAAUACAAUAACCCGAUUUACAACAUGAGCACAGACCAGCUCAACCGGCUGUAGAGACUGAAGGACAGAGUUUAAAACUCCAGUGACUUUUUAAAUUUACUUCUUUGAGGUGAUCCAUGUCUUUAAUGUAUUUGUUUGUAUUAUAACUGCACUGUAAUUCACUUCCUGUGCUGUUGAUGUUUGAUUGCUGUUUUACUGAAGUUCAUCAUUUAUAUUGUCUUUACCUAUAAUAUUGUUGCAGUCUGAGUGCGCACACUGUUGCC